UACAGUGUACUGUUUCUCUCCUGUUUUUGAUUUGUUAUUAUUACAAUAAAAUCUGUGUAGAGGUAUUACCUUCUGAUUCAACUUGAAGAUCAAAUAGAGUGGAGAGAAGUUUCAUGGAAAAGAAGGGGAAGGAGCAAAAAAGGGAAAAGAAAGGAACAUUAUAAGAAAGUGGGAAGAAAAGGAAAUGUAAGUGCAUUUUUUCCCCUUUAAAGAAAGACCUUGACCAAAACCAAUCAGUAUUUUCCCUCAUUUAUAUAGUCCACUGCUUCUCUCCUGCUUUUGAUUUCUUACACAUUAUAAAAUCGGAGGUACUGCCUUCUGCUUCAACUUGAAGAUCAAAGUAUAUGUGCACGGACUCUUUUGUUUUGGCAGAAGGAUCACUCAAAGUCUCUCAGGUCUAUAAAACAACAAAACCAACAGGAUUUGGAAGCUUAUGGGAUAUCUGUACAUCAUGUCUUCUUUGGUCUGUGUACUUCGAGUUUUCUUCAGAGAAUUUUGUAAGAUCAUGGACAUUUGUAUUGAGAAGAUAUCUGACGUUUUUGUUGAGAAGGUAAUUGAUUUUAGCAUAAAGGAUUUUAGAGGUAUUAGUAACUUUGAUGAGAAUUUGAAAACUCUGGAAAGAAAUAUAAAGCAAUUAUCAGAUAAAGCAGCCGAUGUGAAGAUAGAGGUUAAGAACCAAGAGCGAUUUGGGAAGAAGAGGAAAAGAGAAAUUGAUUCUUGGUUUAACGAUGUUAUGAAUGUCUGUGCCUUAAAAGAAGAAGUAACAAGAGGGGAGAUAGAUCCAGGUGCUUUGGAGAAGAUGAAUGGAAGGGCUAGAGAACUUCUUGAGCAAAGUAAACAUUUUGGCACCCUCGUACAUGAUAUGUAUGAGCGCGAGGAGUGUCUACUGCUGGUGCCUGAAGUUCACGAGGAAAUAUCAAAACAAAAUGUAGAAGACAUUUGGACGUGGUUACAGGAUAAUAAUGUCUCAAGCAUCGGUAUACAUGGUGAGAAAGGUGUGGGCAAAACAACUUUGGCAAAGCAUAUACAUAAUCGUCUUCUUGAGAAGACUCAUUAUCAAGUCUGUUGGGUUGCCCUCUAGGGUUUAGCAUCAAAAGAUUACAAGAUGAUCUUGCCAAAAUUAUGAAUCUUGAUCUUUUCGAUGAGGUUGAUGAGCAAAGAAGGGCAGCCAAAUUAAACAGGGCAUUCAGAAAAAGGAAGAACAUUGUUAUCAUAUUGGAUGAUGUCUACGGUCGCCUUAGCUUGGAGAAGUUGGGUGACCCUCUUGGUGUGGAAGGCUGUAGACUGAUUCUAACUACUUGCUCUUAUGAAGUCUGCCUAAAGAUGGGUUGUAAAAAACUACUUGAAGUGAAGAAACUCAAUACUGAUGAUGCUUGGGAGUUGUUCACGAAGAGUCUAGGAUGUGAGACUGUGCUUAGUCCAAAUAUUGAGAAAAUUGCCAAAAAAAUGGCAAUAAAGUGCGAGGGCUUGCCACUUGGGCUCAUCACUUUGGCGGGAAGAAUGAGAGGGGUGACUGACAUAAGGGAGUGGAAUAACGCCUUGACAAAGUUAUGAUCGGUUGUGCAAGAGUGCUUGUUAUAUUGUACUUUGUAUCUUGAGUACUACUCCCUUCAUUUCAAUUUGUUUGUUUGUGUUAGUUACUAUUUGGACAAUCAGAGGAUAUAUUUGACCAUAAUCUUUUCAAAUACUUUCUAAAAAUUUUGAAUUGUUAACUAUUGUAUCUUAUAGUGUUUUUUAUGUAGUUUCUAAAUAUGUAAAUUUUAUGAAGAUUCUAUUUCCGAA